UAGGGAGUCGUCGGAGGAGGAGUAGCCAGUGCGGAUUGGGUGCUAGGAAUCGGUGCUAGGAGCUAGGAUUAGGAGAUCAAAACUGGAAAAAAGCAUAAUUUAAUUCGAGGAGGAAUCUGGGAGAGCGCAAUGCCCGUACAAUCCCCAAUUGAGAUCAGCAACCGUGCCAUCGAGCACAUCGACGAUGUGGAUCCACUGGAGUACCAUGGCCACUGGGAGCCGGUGGGCGUGGCCCGGGUACAGAACACAGGCACCUCCGCAAUGGUCACUUUCAGCAAGCGAAAGCAACAGCCAUACAUAAUCGGCGGUGCCCUGGAGCAGGACAUGUACGUGUUCGAGCAGCUGCACUUCCACUGGUCGGACUGCGAUGAGUCCGGCUGCGAGCAUACGCUGGAGGGCAUGAAGUACUCAAUGGAGGCCCAUGCCGUCCACUACAACUCGAAGUACAAGGACUUCACGGAGGCCAAGAACAAGCCCGAUGGCCUGGCCGUCGUCGCAUUCUUUAUUCAGGCCUGCGGCGAGAAGGACUGUCCCGAGUUCAAGAAGAUCACCGAGGGCAUCCGCAUCGUUCAGAAGAUCCACACGAGUGCAUCGCUGGAUUCCGAUUGCCUAUCGUGGAUUGGACUGCAGGAGCUGAGCAAACAUUAUUACACGUACAAGGGAUCGCUGACAACGGCGCCGUACUUUGAAAGUGUCACCUGGAUCAUAUACCGCACCCCCAUCUACGUGUCGCGCGGCCAGGUUCAGGUGUUUCGCAAUUUGCAAUCGUGUCCCAAAGAUGAGUCCAAAAAGAUAGUCAACAAUUAUCGCGAGAUCCAGCGUCCGCACAAGGAUCCGGAAAUCUUCUUUGCGCGCAACACCAAUCCAAAAUCCAAGUUAUAAUGUGCUUGCCAUAUGACUUGGCUACUCUCUCGAUAAUCUACGAUUCCCGCUCCCGCUGACUUUCCUUUUCCAACCUUCCGCGCAAUUUCCUCCGCCCGAUCGCCUAUCUAAACUAUUGCUAUGUGUAAACAUUUAUCUGUCUAUGGUUGUCUGUAAGCUGCUUUUGUUAUUUGCCUCAUGUACAUAGCGUUAUAUACCUAACAAAACAUACAUAUAUAUAUACGGAGUAUUUACGAUA